UAUAAAUACAGUGAAGAUCUAAGUGCCCAAGUCUGCUUAACUGAGGGGCAUGUCUCUUGUUCCUGGGAUGGCAUCUCUACUGCUCUUCAGUACCCUAUCUGUCCUUUUUGUAUUUUUCCCAGUAUGGUGUAAGCAAGAGGAAACCAGCUUUGUGCAGAGAGCGGGUACAAUCUUUGCUGGACGGCAAUACAAUUCCACUCUGGUAGUUAGCAAUGGAGGAGAUUUUGGAUCAUGGACUUGGCCUGAAAUGUGUCCAGAAGGCUUUUAUGCAAUAGGAUUCAGUCUGAGGGUAGAAGAGAACCAGGUAGGCAUGGAUGAUACUGCACUCAAUGGUAUUCGCCUAUUCUGUUCCAGGCCUACAGACAGAAGCAUUCUUUACACAGUGGAAUCUCAUACUGGGUUGUUUGGAGAGUGGACUCAGACUCUGUGGUGCCCCUCUGGCACGCUGAAGUCAUUCCAGUUGAGAGUUGAAGCCCCUCAAGGACUGUUUGGUGAUGACACUUCGGCCAACAACAUCAGGUUCCGUUGCUCCAGCAACCCAGUCAUCGAGGGGAUGGGUUGGACUUGGGGUGAAUAUGGCAACUGGAGUGAAGAAUGCAAAGGAGAAGGCAUCUGUGGUAUUGAAACUAAGCAGGAGCCCUACCAAGCAGGAUUGGAUGACACAUCCCUGAAUGAUGUCCGCUUCUUUUGUUGCGCUUAGCAUUAUUCCAUGAAACCUGGAGACCUAAAUUCAAGCAAACUAAUGGUGAGGACCAUGAAUGCUUUUUAUCAUUGUAUCUGAAAACAGAUGGAUUCAAUAUUGUAAGAUAUGCUCCCUGAAGUCUUGAGCAUGUUUAUGCUUACUCUAAAACUUGAAUAAAUUGCAAGAAAUAAAAAAUGCAGUAAGU